AUGAGUGCUCCUCACUGCCACCAUGCCACACCCGUGCAUACAUGGGAGAGAAUUGAACCGAACCAUAAUCUGCUCCUUUGUGGAAAACAAGGGAUAUCAGAUGGUCCAGUCUUGUGGUUGGAAAGGCGGAACGAGGAGCGUGGAUGGAGCAUCACAAACAAACGUUGUAACCGAAGGAUCAUUUUGAGAUCUACUGCCUGA